UUUAUUUAUUUAUUUUUUUUUUCGUAUUUUUUGAAAAAGAGAGACUAGAUUUAUUAUACGCACCCCCGCCACCCACCCAUCCACACUCAACCCUUGAUCGGGACUUGCCGGCACUCGGGCCGAGUGGAUACUCGGAGUACAAGUUAACGGAGAAAUUUUGAGAAGGUAUAAGCAGCAAUACGCCGGCGCCGUUGCCGACGCGUUAAAUUAGUCUCGCCGGAUUUGAAGACAUUUUAUCGGCCUAAAAUAGGAUAAUGUCGGAGGACGAGAAGUUGCUCAAGGAGGCGAAGAAAUUUCCGUGGGAGGAUCGCCUGACGCACAAGAAUUGGAAGGUGAGAAAUGACGCGAAUAUUGAUUUGGCGACCGUCUGCGACUCAAUCUCAGACCCCAAGGACCCGCGGCUCCGUGAUUUCGGUCCUUUUUUUAGGAAGACCGUGGCGGAUUCCAAUGCGCCUGUUCAGGAGAAAGGUCUUGAUGCUCUCAUUGCAUUUCUAAAAGCUGCGGAUGCUGAUGCUGGAAGAUAUGCAAAAGAGGUAUGCGAUGCAAUAGUGGCAAAAUGCCUGACAGGAAGGCCUAAGACAGUAGAGAAGGCACAAAUAGCAUUUAUGCUUUGGGUAGAGUUGGAGGCUGUUGAACCUUUCCUGACACUUGUCGAGAGGUUGCAUGAAUUUCCGGAAGUCUUAAGUGCCGAGUCAGUAAAAUAUGUGUACCGUGAGGAUGCUAUGGAGAAGGCGAUAAAGAAUAAAGUUGCUAAAGCUGUUGUUCCGGCUAUUGAUGUCAUGUUUCAGGCUUUAAGUGAGUUUGGGUCAAAGAUAAUACCGCCAAAAAGAAUAUUGAAGAUGCUUCCAGAACUUUUUGAUCAUCAAGAUCAGAAUGUUCGUGCUUCUUCCAAAGGGCUGACGCUAGAGCUUUGUCGUUGGAUAGGCAAGGACCCUGUCAAAUCUAUAUUGCUUGAAAAAAUGCGAGAUACGAUGAAAAAAGAGUUGGAGGCUGAGCUUGCAAAUGUAAUUGGGACAGCAAAGCCCACACGUAAAAUCAGGUCCGAGCAAGAUAAGGAACCCGAACCAGAAGUUGUUUCUGUAGCUGUAGGAUCUGGACCGGCUGAAGAAAGUGCAGCUGAUGUUCCACAAGAAAUAGAUGAAUAUGAACUUGUUGAUCCAGUUGACAUAUUGACACCCUUAGAGAAGUCUGGGUUUUGGGAAGGAGUGAAAGCUGCCAAAUGGUCUGAACGGAAAGAGGCUGUUGCCGAACUAACCAAACUUGCAUCUACUAAAAAGAUUGCUCCUGGAGAUUUUUCAGAAGUUUGUCGGACGUUAAAGAAGCUUGUUACAGAUGUAAACAUUGCUGUUGCAGUUGAGGCUGUUCAAGCUCUUGGAAAUCUUGCCAAGGGUCUGAGAACUCAUUUUUCUGGCAGCUCUCGCUUUAUAUUGCCUGUUCUACUGGAAAAGCUGAAGGAGAAGAAACCUACUAUGACAGAGGCACUGACGCAAACUCUUCAGUCAAUGCACAAGUCACUAACGUUGAACUGGGUCACAUUUUGUAUUGAGACAAGCAACAAGGCUACUAUACUUAAAGUGCACAAGGAUUAUGUUCCGAUACUCAUGGAGUGCCUUAAUGAUGGAACACCUGAAGUUAGGGAUGCAGCUUUCUCCGCUUUGGCAGCUAUUGCGAAGAUGGUUGGUAUGAGACCUCUAGAGAAAUCUCUGGAAAAGCUGGAUGAUGUUAGGAAAAAGAAGUUAUCUGAAAUGAUUGUGGGUUCAACGGGUGACCCAUCCACUGUUCCUAGCUCAGCUGCAGCUCAAUCAUCUGUGGGAUGUAUGGCUGGCACAGAGGCCUCUGACGUAUCAUUUAUUAGAAGAUCAGCAGCUAGCAUGCUCAGUGGGAAGAAGCCUAUUAAUUCAGCUAAAGCAACCUCAGGGAAAUCUGGUACCAACAAGAAAAAUGAUGGGGGUCAACCAAAAGUCCCUAAGCCUGUGGAACAGGAAGAAAUUGAGCCAACAGAAAUGGGUUUGGAAGAGAUUGAGACCAGAUUAGGAUCCCUUAUACAAUCAGAUACUAUCACUCAGUUGAAGAGUGCUGUUUGGAAAGAGAGGCUAGAAGCUAUCGUGUCUUUCAAAGAGCAAGUUGAAGCACUAAACAACCUUGAUUCAUCCGUUGAGAUUUUGGUUCGUUUACUUUGUGUAGUUCCUGGAUGGAAUGAGAAAAAUGUGCAGGUCCAGCAACAGGUUAUUGAUAUCAUUACGCACAUAGCUUCCACCUCGGCGAAGUUUCCCAAAAAAUGUGUUGUGCUUUGCCUAUUAGGUAUUACCGAAAGAGUGGCUGACAUAAAGACUCGUGCUCAGGCAAUGAAAUGCCUUACUACAUUUUGUGAGUCUGCGGGUCCAGGGUUUGUUUUUGAGAGGAUGUAUACGAUUAUGAAAGAUCACAAGAAUCCCAAGGUCCUUAGUGAAGGCCUGUUGUGGAUGGUUUCUGCGGUCGAGGACUUUGGUGUUUCUUAUAUCAAACUGAAGGACCUAAUUGAUUUCUGCAAGGAUGUUGGCUUACAGUCUAGUGCUGCUGCAACAAGAAAUGCUACAGUUAAGCUAAUUGGUUCUCUACACAAGUUUGGAGCAUCUGCAGUUCCAAAGAAGACUGUGAAAGUAACUGAUUCUGCAUCAUCUGUGGCUGCGGGUGGUGUCGAUGGACUUCCACGUGAAGAUAUUAGUGAAAAGAUCACUCCGAACUUGUUGAAGGGCCUGGAGAGUUCAGACUGGAAGAUACGCUUAGAGUCCAUUGAAACUGUGAAUAAGAUACUGGAAGAGGCAAAUAAGCGUAUUCAACCCACGGGAACUGGAGAAUUAUUUGGAGCUCUACGAAGUCGAUUGCAUGACAGCAACAAAAAUUUAAUUAUGGCAACCUUGAACACAAUUGGUGCUCUUGCGUCAGCUAUGGGUCAGCCGGUUGAGAAGGCGAGCAAGGGCAUCCUGUCAGAUAUCUUGAAAUGCCUCGGUGACAAUAAGAAGCACAUGCGAGAGUGCACUUUAAGUGCCUUAGAGUCUUGGCUUGCUGCUGUUCAUCUUGAUAAAAUGGUCCCUUAUGUUACAGCUGCCCUCACGGAUGCUAAGCUUGGUGCUGAAGGGCGCAGGGAUCUUUUUGACUGGUUGUCCAGACAGCUUGGUGGAUUGACUGAUUUUUCUGAUGCUAUCCAGCUGCUUAAACCGACUGCUACUGCUAUGACGGAUAAAUCAGCAGAUGUUCGUAAAGCUGCUGAAACGUGCUUUAUUGAAGUAUUGAGGGUUUGUGGACAUGAAAUGGUGACUAAAAAUUUAAGAGAUAUACAAGGCUCUGCUUUAGCUAUUGUUGUUGAAAGGCUGAAGCCACAUGGGGCAUUUCAUGAAAGCAUUGAAUCGGGUAGAUCAAUUUCAGCAAGCACAUCAUCCAAAAAUACUUCGAAGAUUGGAAAAUCCAAUGGUUAUGGUGACCGUUCCUCACGGCAUGGAAGCCGAACUGCUCCUUCAAGAGCUGUUCCUACCAAGGGUUCAAGACAAGAGACUGCCAUGUCAGUUCAAGACAUCAACAUUCAGUCACAAGCUUUGUUUAAUAUUAAGGACUCAAACAAGGAUGAUAGAGAAAGAAUGGUGGUCCGCAGAUUCAAGUUUGAGGAAUUACGUUUGGAGCAAGUUCAAGAUCUCGAGAAUGAUGUCAUGAGGUACUUUAGAGAGGAUUUGCAUCGAAGGCUGUUAAGUGCAGACUUUAAGAAGCACGUUGAUGGAAUUGAGAUGCUGCAGAAGGCUCUUCCAUCCAUGGGAAGGGAGUUUGUGGAAGUCUUGGAUAUAAUCUUAAGGUGGAUUGUUUUGAGGAUCUGUGAGUCCAAUACAUCUUGCUUGUUAAAGGUGUUGGAAUUUCUUCCUGAACUCCUGGACGUGUUAAGGAAUGAGGGCUACACUAUGACUGAAGCCGAGGCUGCCAUUUUUCUUCCUUGCUUGGUUGAAAAGUCUGGACAUAACAUUGAAAAGGUUCGAGAAAAAAUGCGAGAGCUGAUGAAGCAAAUUAUUCACUCAUAUUCUGCUGCAAAAACCUUCCCUUAUAUUUUGGAAGGCCUGCGUUCUAGAAACAACAGAACUAGGAUUGAAUGUGCUGAUCUUGUUGGAUUCUUGCUGGAUAAUUAUGUUGCUGAGAUAAGUGGGCAACUGAAAUCCUUGCAAAUUGUAGCAAGCUUAACUUCUGAGCGAGACGGUGAUACCAGGAAAGCUGCUUUGAAUACUUUGGCUACAGGAUAUAAAAUUUUAGGUGAUGAUAUCUGGAGAUAUGUUGGGAAGCUCACUGAAGCACAACGAAGCAUGUUAGAUGAUAGAUUUAAGUGGAAGGCUCGAGAGAUGGAGAAGAGGAAGGAAGGCAGGCCAGGGGAAGCAAGGGCUGCCCUUAGGCGCUCAGUGAGGGAUAAUGGGUCGGAUCAAGCUGAGCAAAGUGGAGAAGUUUCACGGUCUAUUAACAUUCCUACAUUUAACCGGGAGAACUAUUGCCCUGAAAUUCACACAGAUAGAAUUCAGAUGCCUCAGACAUAUACUGCUGUGGGCCCCACAGACUGGAAUGAAGCUUUGGAUAUUAUACAACAUGGUUCUCCCGAGCAGUCUGUUGAAGGAAUGAAAGUUGUGUGCCAUGAAUUAGCACAAGCAACAGCUGACCCUGAUGGCAACACAUUGGAUGAUGUACUGAAAGAUGCUGAUAGACUUGUGGCAAAGACUUUCGACUUUAGUCUCACCGGUGCCUCUUCAAGGUCUUGUAAAUAUGUCUUGAACACUCUGAUGCAGACUUUUCAGAACAAGAGACUUGCUCAUGCAGUCAAGGAAAGAACCCUUGAUAAUCUAAUUACAGAACUAUUGCUUUGGCUGUUGGAUGAAAGGGUUCCACAGAUGGAUGAUGGCAGUCAACUCUUGAGAGCUCUGAAUGUUUUGAUGUUGAAGAUACUGGACAAUGCGGAGCGUACUUCGUCAUUUGUGGUGCUUAUAAAUCUCUUGCGGCCUUUGGAUCCAUUGAGAUGGCCGGCUCCAGCAACGAAUGAGUCUCUCAUUGUUAGAAAUCAAAAGUUUUUGGAUUUAGUUGUCAAGUGUUUAAUCAAACUUACCAAGGUUUUGCAAAAUACAAUUUACGAUGUAGACCUUGAUCGCAUCCUCCAGAGUAUCCAUAUAUAUCUACAAGAGUUGGGAAUGGAUGAAAUACGGAGGAGAGCUGGAGCCGACGACAAGCCACUUCGGAUGGUUAAAACUGUUCUGCAUGAGCUCGUCAAACUUCGAGGUACUGCCAUAAAGGGUCAUCUUUCCAUGGUCCCAAUAGACAUGCAACCUCAACCUAUCAUUUUGGCCUACAUCGAUCUUAAUCUUCAGACUUUGGCUGCUGCAAGAAUGUUGACGCCAUCCGGACCAGUUGGGCAAACUCACUGGAAUGACUCGACUUCCAACAACCCUGCACCUGCACCACACUCGGCCGAUUCACAAUUGAAGCAAGAACUGGCUGCAAUUUUUAAGAAAAUUGGCGACAAGCAAACUUGCUCGAUUGGUCUGUAUGAGCUAUAUCGUAUAACUCAGUUAUACCCUCAGGUUGAUAUUUUCGCCCAACUUCAAAAUGCCAGUGAUGCAUUUCGGACAUAUAUUAGAGAUGGUUUGGCCCAGAUGGAGAAGAAUGCAGCUGCUGGAAGGACACAUGCAAGUGUGCCACUACCCACUCCACCACCAGUGGCACUUAACCUCUCUCCAAGAUAUGGCCCUCUUUCCCCUGUAAAUAAUACAAACCCGUUGAGUAACUCACAGAAUAUGAACACAAGAGUAGAACCCACAAACUUUAACUUGCCCCCCUCAUAUGCUGAAAAUGAUGAGCAUGUGAAUGCCGUCUCUCCAAAAGUAUCAAGUUAUGACCAAUCUGGGCUACAACAGAACAUGGAGGAGUUGAGAAAGGAAAGAUUACCAGCUGGCGUCACCAAUGGAACACUAGACGCCAUUAGAGAGAGAAUGAAGAGCAUACAAUUAGCCGCUGCUGGAGUGAACUCGGAGUCGAGAGCUCGGCCAUUGGUACAAAUAAAUGGAAAUGUGAAUCAUCCUUCUGUUGCAGAAGAACAAUCUGCUAAUAGUCAUAUGCAGGGAGGUAUACUUCCUAUGGACGAGAAAGCCUUAUCCGGCCUCCAGGCCCGUAUGGAGAGGUUAAAGAGUGGCUCGUUUGACUCUCUGUAGUUUGACAGGCUCUCACGGCUUCAAAGCUGGUGUGAUUUGUUAUUUUUUCAGCAAGUGUAUCGCAUUUGAUGCUAGCUUAUCUUUGUACAUGGCAAUGGCAACUUAAAUUAUUUGGCAACUCCCAUUUGAUUUAUUUGUACGAUAGUAAUUUUUGAGAUUGAAGGAGCUGAGGUUAUUAUCUGUUGUAUAUUUUUUUGGAACUGUCCCAUUGUGUUGUCAGUGUUAAUUUUGUAUUUUGUGGCGGUUGAUCUGAAUUUAUUUACAAUGAGCGUGCCACCAUUUUCCGGGCUUAAUACUGUCGUUUUGAAAUCUCAUUACUCC